UCAAUUAUCAGAACAAGUACGGGAACACGGCUCUGCAUGUAGCAUCUAUGGAUGGUCAUGUGGAUGUGGUUAGGUAUUUGAUAAAUGAAUAUAAGAUGGACCCUACUAUUCUAAAUAACAGAGGAGAAAAUUCAGCACACGUGGCAGCAAAUUGUGGACAAGUACAGUGUUUGAAUGUCAUUCUGGGAACACAUACUGGAUUGAUUAACAAACGAGGUAAUCUCUACGAAGGGAGUCUGGUAUAUUUAGUCCGCGGUAAGGAUAGAGGAAGACCUGCGUGGCAUUAUGUUCUGGUCAAGAGGAAGCUUCUUGCGGACUUCUUAAUAAAGACAAAAGGAGGCAGUAUAGAUGUGGCAGAUUACGGGGAGGUGUUGUACUCAGGAUGGGGAAAAGAUCCCCCCGAUGACAUUGUAAAGAAGAUAACUGACAAGUACGAUAAGUGUGAAGAUGCCGCACCAGAGGAUUUAACCCCGCUCCACCACGCCGUUCUAGAACAACACCCCGCUGUGGUGGAGAAACUUCUGGAGCUUGGAGCUGACACAGACGUCCACGAUGCGUACAAACUGACACCGCUUCACUUGGCCUGUAUGCACGGUAACAGAGAAAUUGUGAAACUAUUAGUGGAAGCAGGGGCAGACACAAAGGCGGCAGACGACGAUGGCGACACCCCACUGGACGUGGCCAAACUCUACCACCAGGAUCUCACUGUUUCUUUUAUGGAAAAGGCUGUGAUAGUGAAAUUCGUUAAGGAUAGCAUUCAACAACCAGCCAAAGAAAUUAUGGAGUUACUAGACCACGGCCUUGACACUGACGUCACAUUGGAUGUUUUGAAGACCCAACUUCACGAUAUAAUCCAGCGGUUGAUGACGGGAGGCUUCUCUUGUUUGGCAAAACUAAAUCCAGAAGAAGAUUCUUCCAAACAUUUUGAAAAGGAAACAAACACCAAGAAAACAGACGAAGAGGAAUGAA